CCAAAAACAAAAUUAUAAAAUUGAAAUCAAAUAUCAAGAAAAAUUAACUAUAUGUAGUAUGAAGAGGAAGAAGAAUCCUUGCAGAUGAACAACAAAAAAUGUCAAUUAUGAAAACUUCAUGGAUAUUUUUCCUUCUCAUCGUUAAUCUCUCUGUAUUGAUUAUACCAUCCAGUAGUACUACUUCUCAUGAAGAUGAACAAUCCGAGUCUACCUUCAUAGUUCUUGUUUCUAAAUCCGAUAAACCAUCGAUUUUUAAUUCUCAUCAUGAUUGGUACACUUCAACACUUCAAUCUCUUCCACCUUAUUCACCAUCAUCUCAUCAAAAUGGUAGUCGUCGCGAAACCAUUUACACUUACGACCAUGCUAUUCAUGGUUUCGCUGCUAGACUAACACCUUCUCAAGCUUCACAUCUCCGAACUCUUCCGGGUUUUAUCUCAGUCAUCCCUGAGCGUACUCACCAAUUCUACACCACUCGUACUCCACAGUUUCUUGGUCUAAAUGAUGGUUUUGGUCUUUGGCCGAAAUCAAAUUACGGCGAAGAUGUUAUUAUAGGUAUUCUCGAUACCGGAAUCUCGCCGGGACACAAAAGCUUUGAUGACUCGGGUUUAACUCCUGUACCAGCAAGAUGGAGAGGUACUUGUGAGGAUUUACCUGACUUUCCGGCGAAAUCUUGUAACCGGAAACUAAUUGGUGCUCGAUCUUUUUAUAGAGGAAUUGAAGCAAAAAUUGGUCAUGCUGUGGAUGCGGACGGUACAGAAACGAGAUCUCCGAGAGAUAAACUAGGACAUGGCACACAUUGUGCAUCAACUGCAGCUGGAUCUUCCGUUAAGAAUGCCGGGUUCGGUACAUAUGCUGUCGGGGAAGCUAAAGGAAUGGCAACUAGAGCUAGAGUUGCCGCUUACAAGGUUGGUUUCGGUGUUGCGCCUGGAUCUGUUGAUUCUGAUAUUCUAGCUGCCAUGGAUCAAGCUAUCGCAGAUGGAGUUAACGUGAUGUCGUUAUCAUUUGGUGUUACGGAUGAAACUUAUCAAUACUAUGAAAAUGUGAUAGCAAUUGGAUCUUUUCGUGCUCUGGAGAAAGGGAUUUUGGUUUCAUGUGCCACAGGAAAUGCAGGACCUGGCGCAACGACUGCUGCUAAUCUCGCGCCAUGGAUAGUGACCGUAGGAGCAUCUACAAUUGACAGAGAGUUCACAUCAGAAGUGAUAUUAGGCGAUGGUCAAGUACUUCCCGGUGCUCCAGUGUAUCCGGGCGACAUCCCAGUAAUCAACCAAGAAAUAAUUGUUUUCAGGGAUAACCUGGAUUGCUCAGGAGCAUUAGAUCCUGCACAGGUUUCCGGUAAAAUUGUUAUGUGUUUUGCGGAUGAUGCAUCAGAAGGGAAUACAGCGGCUCUAAUUCGAAACGCUGGUGGCAUUGGAAUGCUUUCAUUACAAAGAGGGGAAAUAGGUGGAUUUGUAUCCCUUAAACCUUAUCCGAUUCCAACAGCUCAAAUCAGUCUGGAAUCUGCCAAAAAGAUGAUAGCUUAUAUGGGAGAAACAUCAUCAGCCGGAGGAAUAUCCACCGCCACAUUAAAUUUCAAAGAAACUGUCGGUUCUUCGGUGCCAGCUCCUAAAGUUGCAGUCUUUUCUAGCCGCGGUCCUAACAGAAUAACUCCAGAGAUUCUCAAGCCAGAUAUCAUUGCACCGGGUGUAAAUAUACUGGCUGCUUGGCCUAGUGGAGGGUUUAAUAUGCAGUCCGGUACAUCCAUGGCAUGCCCUCACGUCAGCGGAUUGUCUGCGCUGCUUCGAAGUGCUUAUCCUAAUUGGUCUCCAUCUGCAAUUAAAUCUGCUCUAAUGACUACUGCUUAUGAUGUUGACAACUCGGGUAAAUACAUUACUGAUUCUGCUAAUGGAAAAUUGUCAACACCAUUCCAACAUGGGUCUGGACAUGUAGACCCGAACCGUGCUCUAAAUCCAGGUUUGGUGUACGACAUUGCUCCUAGUGGUUAUGAGGCAUUCCUUUGCUCAAUUGGGUACGAUGAUGCUAAGAUCUCAGUUUUUGUCACGGGUAGAACGGUGGAUUGCGGGGCAAUCGGGUUAUCUAGCCCUGGUGAUCUAAACUAUCCAUCAUUUUCUGUUGUUUUUAAAUCUGGAACCGAUACUGUCAAGUAUAAGAGAGUGGUUACGAAUGUUGGAACUUCUGCGACUGCAGUUUACAAACUUAAAGCUCGAUCUCGAACACCAUUAGUUAGAACCAGUGUUACCCCAACAGUGCUCGUGUUUGAUUCAAGCAAAACGAGCUUGUCAUAUGAAGUCACAUUCAAGUCGCUAAUAACAGGUUCUGUCGACACCACCAAAGAGGAAUUCGGUUCGAUUGAGUGGUCUGACGGAGUACAUGUUGUGAAGAGUCCCAUUGCGUUUAAAUGGGAUACUACAAGUUCAAUUUCAUCUAUUUGAUUUUAUAUCGGAGUUCUCAACGUAGUGUAAUCCAUAAUGUAACGAACGCGCAAUUCUCAUAUCUAGCAGUACAUUAUGAUUCCAAUACCACUAUAAAGUCCUAAACAGAUUUCUCAAUAAAAAUCAUAAUUAUUAAGGUUGAUAUAUUUUAUUUCCA